AUGAGACCAUGGAAAAUCGCUGGGAUUGCGCUUGUGCUUUUUCUCAGCCGUUUGUUGCAGUGCUGUGCAGCAACAGCUGCCCAUUCAGACGGCGUCACCAAGACUGCUGAAGAAAUACUCUGCCUGCUGUAUAUAGAGGGGAGGGCCCCUCAUGCAAAGCUGUACGAAACUCUACAGGUGCUGCGCACCGUCAGAUGCCAGAUCUCGAGGCUGAAGCAAGAGUUCGUUGAACAAACCUCCACACUCGCGGCGAUCGAGUCGCUGCUGGCGCUGAAGUCAGAGCAGAUUGCUCGCAGUGACAGGACCAUGAGAGGUCUUCUAGCACACUUGAAACAGGUAAGCAGUGCACUCUCGAUUGCUUUGAAUGGAGACCGUCGGGGUGGCGAGACGCCAUUGCAGAUUCCGGCGAACGCUGCAGGAAAGAGCUUGGCGAUGGAUUUUCUGUCGAGCUACAUCGAGAGCAACGCCGCCGACAGUCGCGCAGCGAAAAUAAGAGUUCUCAAGACGGGAGCUUUUCUUAUGGUUAUGUUGAGCACCACAGCGGACGUCUGUGUGAUCACCGGCCCAGUCGUCUGCUUUGCGCUAUAUGUGGCGGGCUCUGGGGCCGUAGUGAUCUGGCUCGCUCAAAUCUACAGAACGAUGUUUGGAAAUGAUGGGAUGCCAGAACCAAACUGGCAGCCAGGCUGA